UUAAGGGCCCACCAGUGUCCAAACCCCAAACCAUUUCAGUUCAGUUUUGACUGACAAACUUGUGUCCAGGAGUUUACACUAGCAAUCUAUCCUCAAAUUGGCUUCAGGUCCGCCUUAACAUGCGUUAACCUUUAAAAGCCUGUUUCACAGAAUAGAAAACCCUCACAAACCCAUAAAUUUUUUUUUCUUUUGAAAUCACAGAUCUCAUCCAAAACUACACAUUUCUUCAAACAAAAUGGCCAUGCUUUUUCCCAUAAAAUCCACUCCAAGAUUUCUUCUUCUCACUCUCACCCUUCUACUACUACUCUCUUUUUCGAUAAACACCAAUGCUUCUGAUCCCACCAGCCCUGAAGAUGAUUCUGAUGACCUUGAACAGCUUUUAGCCCUCGAUGAACAAGAAGAUCAACAACAAGAAGACCAAGAACUAGAGUCUAGCAGUAGAUUUUCAGAAGCAGAGGUGUUAAGUAAAGCACAAAGGAUAGUUCUUGAACUUAACAGUGAUAAUACCAAGAGGGUCAUUGAUGAUAAUGAAUUUGUUUUAGUUUUGGGGUAUGCCCCUUGGUGUGUUAGGAGUGCUGAGCUAAUGCCUCACUUUGCUGAAGCUGCUACUUUUUUGAAAGAAUUGGGAAGCCCCCUUUUGAUGGCUAAGCUCGAUGCUGAAAGGUACCCCAAGGUGGCUUCUUUGCUUGAUAUCAAAGGGUUCCCUACUCUGCUUUUGUUUGUUAAUGGCACUUCUCAAGCUUAUAAGGGUGGAUUUUCUGCGGAAGAAAUAGUGAUAUGGGCAAGGAAGAAGACCGGUGUGCCAGUCAUUAGAAUAAGUACAGUGACUGAGGCUGAAGAGUUUCUUAAAAGGCAUCAGAUGUUUGUGAUUGGGCUUUUUGAGAAAUUCCAGGGAGCUGAUUAUGAAGCAUUUAUAAAGGCAGCAACCUCUGACAAUGAAAUCCAGUUUGUUGAAGCAAACAGCGUUGAGGUUGCAAAAGUUCUCUACCCAGAUAUCAAAGCUACUAAUCUUUUCCUUGGGAUUGUUAAAAGUGAGCCAGAAAGAUACACUGCUUAUGAAGGUACCUUUGAGAUGGAGAAGAUACUGCAGUUUCUGGACUACAACAAGUUUCCAUUGGUUACUAAAUUGACUGAACUGAAUUCUGUCAGAGUUUACUCCAGUCCAAUCAAACUUCAGGUUUAUGUCUUUGCAAAAGCUGAUGAUUUCAAGACUCUUCUCGAGCCUCUUCAAGAUGUUGCAAGAAAGUUUAAAACAAAGAUAAUGUUUAUUUAUAUAGACAUCAUGGAUGAAAACCUUGCAAAGCCCUUCUUAACCUUGUUUGGGCUUGAGGAAUCAAAAAACACUUUGGUGACCGCAUUUGAUAACAAAGGUAGUUCGAAGUUCUUGUUGCAGUCCAACCCAACCCCAAGCAACAUAGAAGAGUUUUGCUCAGGGCUUAUGCAUGGUUCUAUCUCAACAUACUUCAAAUCACAGCCAAUACCAGACAAUAAGAAUGCAAGUGUCCUAGCUGUUGUGGGAAAGACAUUUGAUGACUUGGUCUUGAACAGUCCCAAGAAUGUCCUUUUAGAGGUAUAUACACCUUGGUGCAUCAAUUGUGAGACCACAAGCAAGCAGGUUGAGAAAUUGGCUAAGCAUUUUACAGGCUUGGACAAUCUAGUCUUUGCAAAGAUUGAUGCUUCUGCUAAUGAACAUCCAAAACUUCAGGUGGAUGACUACCCGUCACUCUUUUUAUACAAAGCGGGUAAUAAAGACAGACCGAUCAAACUUUCUACAAAAUCUGGUUCAAAAGAAUUAGCAGCGUUCAUUAACAAACAGGUGAGAAGCAAAGAUCAAGUAGCCAAAGAUGAGCUAUAGAAAAUAUAGACUUAAGACUACCUAAAUACUUUAACAGCACCUCACCCCCACCAUAAAAUAGGGAAAUAAAGGGGUUAUUACCUAAGUUUUGCCACCCCUUUGAUAUAGAUUUUGACUUAUGACAAUUGUUAGUGGCCAUUGAUGGGAAAGUUUUUUACUUUUAAUUUGAUUAUAUUAAUUUGAAACAUAUUGAUAUAUUCGGAAAUUAUACUAUUAUGAUAGUAACAGAGAACAAAACUUGAGUUUUAUACUCUUUAGUUUC